AUGUCGCUCGCGCGUCUUGCUAAAACUGCGUCGCACGCUACACUCAUCGGAAUCUCUACAAUUUAUGUUAACACGAGCGAGGUGCAGCCCCGGCCGUACGUUAUCGGUUUUAACGGGUGUCAAUUGAAUUUUAUAGGCUUUUUACACGGCUCGCGGCUUUACGAGCGGAUCGGCGAAAUUGAGGUCGGCAGAAUGCCCGCCGCCGCGUUUGUGCGCGUCGGU